UUCAUAGUGAAGAGGCUGAUGGGAGCUCAGGCUCCAUAACCAGGAAAUGCUGCUAUUAUCACAGUGGCAUAGCAUACAAAUGGGAUGGGGCAGACAUAUAAUGAAAAGGGCGAUGGCAUCAUGGAGUCAAGGUCUAACCUGUGGCAGUACACAUCACAGUGAUCACCCCUCUCUGCUUCCAGCUUGUGUGGUGUAAAGAAGGCUCUAAUACUACUGUGUGAGACUGGCAUGCGAAUUUUCUGGAAUGCUAAUUUGGGUAUAUGUUAGCGACGAUCCCAGGCAGCAGAGAUGGUCCGGAGCGACGGGACACUCCGGGGAGGCGGCGACAGCAAUGGAGAGAGACAUCCAGGGCAGCGGUGACGGUCCGGAGCAGUGGGGACAGCCAAGAGGUGGAGUGGAAGAAGGUCCAAUAUAUAUAAGAAGAUCUGGGUUAAUUGAAAAACUAAAGGAGCUUGAAUAUGAUGUGAAGGAUUUUGGUGAUCUUCAGUUUCCUGAGUUACCCAAUGAUGAACCAUUUGAAAAUGUGAAAAACCCCAGGACUGUUGGUCAAGCUACUGAGAAAGUUGCUAAUGCAGUUGCAGAAAUUAAGAAGACUGGCAGAGUGUGCUUGACACUUGGAGGCGAUCACAGCUUGGCAGUUGGGACAAUCGCAGGUCAUGCUAAGGUUCACCCUGAUUUGUGUGUAAUUUGGGUGGAUGCCCAUGCUGAUAUCAACACUCCAUCAACAUCACCCAGUGGCAACCUUCAUGGACAGCCAGUCUCUUUCCUAAUAAAAGAACUGAAAAACAAGGUGCCAAACAUCCCAGGAUUCUCUUGGUUGAAGCCAUGCCUAUCAGCUAAAGACAUAGUCUACAUAGGACUGAGAGAUGUGGACCCUGGAGAACAUUUGAUUCUAAAGACACUGGGCAUUAAAUUUUAUUCAAUGUCUGAUGUGGAUAGACUGACAAUUAACAAAGUGAUGGAGGAAACUAUUGAAUACUUGGUGGGAAAGAAGAAGAGACCUAUCCAUUUAAGUUUUGAUAUAGAUGGCCUGGACCCCAGUGUAGCACCAGCUACAGGAACACCCGUCCCUGGAGGACUGACUUACAGAGAGGGCAUGUACAUUACGGAACAAAUUUACAACACAGGUUUAUUGUCUGCUUUGGAUAUGAUGGAAGUUAACCCGUCUCGUGGGGAGACAGAAAAGGAUGCUCAGCUAACUGUGAACACUGCUCUCAAUAUGACCUUAUCCUGCUUUGGGAAGGCACGGGAAGGAUUUCAUGCAUCAUCACUUUAUCUUCCAGAUAUCAGCUAAACCAUUAGUCAUCUUAUAAAUCCACAUCAUUUUUGUCUGUUAGCAAAUGAAUAAGUAUCUAUUGGAAGAAACUGCAUUCUAUUACACUGCAUCUAAAAGGGCAGAAAAUAACAAUCAGCUCAGUUUAUUUUAGCCUUGGCAUUUAUAUUCCUUAAUGAAAACUGUCUGCAUAAAAUGGAAGUAUAUUAAUGCAUACGUUCACCUUUUAGAGGCAUUUUACAGCUUAUAUAUAGAUAAAAUCUACAUUAAAAAUACUUAUUGUACUUAUUUUACAUCUAUUCUUAGUUACAAUAGGGGGCAUUUACUAAGAUGUGUGUGAUUUAGUUCAUUUUUUAGUUCUUUUUUCUUGCGUUUUUUUUGCGGAGGAUACAGAUUUUCUGAAAUUUCACUCUUCACAUGCACCAAAAAGCUACGCUAGGUCUUGGCUGGUGUAGAAUUGCCCCUUAAUGGUGGGUUUUGCUACUUUUUUGUGGCAGUCGCAGUUCAUAAAUUCAUUACCACUGCAGAAGACUAACCCUUAACAUCUGGCCUAUAUGCUCUUUUAAAAAAAACGUGUAAAUUGAAAAGGCGUAAAAAAUUGCCUGAGGCGCGGUGCAGUGCUGCGCCUAAAUCAACGCAAAAAAAAUGUUCGAAACACAAUGAUAAAUGCCCCCAAGGGAUAAUAGCUCUGUAAUAUGGCGCCUGAUGGAAAAAACCUUAAGAUGGAAUUAGAACCCCCAUACACUCAAGUGCUCUAUUACAAGUCUGUAAUUACGAGGCUACAAUUCGUUAUGCAACAUUUACACAUAUUUGUUGUGCUUUAUUGGGUGCUAGAGCUGCAACACAAAAAAUAAAUAAAUUUUUUUAAAAAAAGGCCACGUUACAAAUGCACAUUUAACAGUACCUAUUGCACACUUUGAUGUAUAAUUGCAAUUUAAAAUGCAAAAUACACCACACCAUUUGUAUGUCUUAUUCAUUUUGUUGUUGAUGUAGCUGUUGGUUUUUUGGCUUCUUUCAAACUAAUUUGUUAACACUGUAACUUCCCUCAUGCCACUAAAGCAGCUCUGGCUCGAUCAUACUGCAGACUUCAGUAGAUUGCCUAAAGAGGACACUUCCUAGAGAGCCUGGAACGGAUAUUUUAGCUCUGAGGCCUGAAGACCUGUGAAUGCAGCUCUGGACUUAAACACACAUUGUAACUAAUGAUAAGUACAUAAGAAGUCAUACAAUCCAUUAGAGCAGCUCUACCUUUCCACUAGACAAGUUAUAUCUGUAAACCUCAAGUGGUGUCCAAAGGUAAACAUUGACUAGUAUUUACUUCUCAGGAGGUUAACAACCAAGUGUUUAUUGUUCGUGUCUGUUUUAAUCUUUCUUUUUUUAAAUGUUUUUUAAUGUAGAUUAAAUAUAAAUUAAAUGUAAA